CGCACCGAACCGUGUCGAUCGCCUGCCCCCCGCGCGCGCGGCGAAAACCUAGCAUGUGCCUGCCGACUCGCCGCCCCGGAACGGAAAGAACCCGAGGGAGAUGAGCGCCUCCGUACGCGCUGCCACCGGCGCGCGCACGUUCAUGUUCCUCCCCGCCACACCGCCGAGGGAGCACACGUCGCGGUCCGGCCGGCACGGGGCUUGCACCAACCCGGGGCGGCCGCCUCGGCCUAGCGGCCAGCCUCGCCACAUCCAUGCAAGCGCCAACUGUACGCACGCGCUCCCUCGCCGGCCGGCCUAAUUCUCUGGCGAGUUCGAGUGACCCAGCCUCGCCUCUCAUCAUGGCAGCACAGCUCCCAACACCCGGAGGACAGAUGGGUUUACGCGGGGCCGCGUCCGUGCGUGGCGGAGUCUAUAUAUAGACGUAGCGGGUGUCGCGCUAGCUUGGGCAUCGAGAGCGACGAGCAGCACAGGGGACCUAGCUAGCUAGCUUGUUGGUCCGGUGGAUCAUGGCGGAGAGGGGAGGAGGCGGCGAGGGAACGUCGUCGUCGCCGGGGAAGAAGGCGAGGAAGCCCUACACCAUCACCAGGCCCAGGGAGCGGUGGUGCCCCGAGGAGCACGAGCGCUUCCUCGACGCCCUGCUCAGGUUCGGCCGCGACUGGAGGAAGAUCGAGGAGCACGUCCGCACCAAGACCGCGGUGCAGAUACGCAGCCACGCCCAGAAGUACUUCCUCAAGGUCCAGAGGCUGGGCCUCGCCGCCGGGCUGCCGCCGCCACAGCACCCGAGCCGCAGGCUCGCCAUGUCGCAGCAGCAGAUCUCGCCGGCCGACGGGACGGCAGUGCUGCACGGACAGCCGCAACAUUGUCCGUCCGGUGCUGUUCAGGGUCCCGUCGGCUGGACCUAUCCGGGACAGGGAGUUCUUCCUGCGUCCAAUGACAUGCAGAACUUGGACUGGGCUUGCAGUUCAGGCAGCUCUGCCUGGGUGAGCCAUGGAGGUGCAGGGAGCCAGACUCAACCAGCCGCAGCAACACAUCCAGGUGGCAGCUCAUUCAUGGGGGCGCCGAGCUUCGACGAUACGGGCAUGGACUGGACUGGCACGGGCAGCACAGGCGAAGCGUCGGCGAUCGCCGAUGCAGAGGAUGAGACGAUUCCACUUCCCUUGUCCCCUGACGACAUGCAUUUCGCGCGGGUAUACCGGUUCAUCGGCGACAUAUUCGACCCGGCCACGCCGUGCCGCAUCGAAGCCCACCUGCAGAAACUCAAGGACAUGGAUGGGAUCACUGUGAAGACGAUCCUGCUGGUGCUAAGGAACCUCAAGACCAACCUGACAGCGCCUCAGUUUGAGCCCAUCAGGCGGCUGCUGUCGAGGUAUGACCCCGGGCGAGGCCUGUCUGGCCAGCUAUAGAGCGUGCGUGCGUGCGUGCGUGCAACCUGAAAGGAGAAAACUAAACGAGAAAGGAGGUACAGGUGACAUGGAUGGCAACGGAGAAAGAAAGUUCCACUGAAGAAAGACCAGAUAUGGGAGGUUGGAAUAGAAAUAUAGAAUGGAUAUUGGUCGGCCAGAGAGAUAUGACAUACAGAUGUAGUCUAUUAAGAAUGGUUGUUUCGAAGAUUUUGGAUACAGGACUGAGAUUAGCAUUCGUUCAGAGUUCAGACUGCCUAGUCGUAGCACUGAAUUUGUGUGUGUGUGUGUGUGUGUGUGUGAUGUGCCCACUGGUCGUUGUAGCGUGCUUGUACUUGCAUGUGAUGUGCUCAGCUUGGAGAAAUGUCUUUUACUGAUGAUA